UCAUGCAAUUAUUCUCGUUUUUCUCCGCGGAGACGUUUUUCUGCGAGAUUUCAACUUCAGUGGAAAAGGAAUUUCUGUUCGAAUUUUAUAUACGUUCCUGCCUUCAAGUCUGGCUUAGAAAUACUAUUAGCUGUUGCACUGGACUACUGAAUUGUUCGAGUGAAAACAUUGUGUUACCAUGGUCAAAACCCGUCCAUUCUCGUCGCUGCAACCUGCGCAGGAAUCAACGGAUGACGAAGAAGCCGGUUACGAAACAGACGAAUACUUCGACGAACAGGGUCGUAAGGUGGUGGAAAUCGAUUACAGUAAAGUCGACUACGUUGGUCCAAUCGUUCGGCCACCACGACCACCGAAGAAAAAGCGUCGUCAACGCAAUGUAGCACUCGACGAGAUCCGCUACACGAUGGACGAUAUGACUCCCAUCAUUCGAGAUCCUCGAUGCAAUUCCAAUACCGAUUUGGCUUGCUUUUGGCCGGUAUAUGUUGGUAAUUUCAAGGACACUUCAGUUUCGCAAUACUUUGCCUCGCGGGGAUUAUAUGUCCGCUGGUGGUACCACAGGAAAGAUGAAUACUACAGAGAGUUUCAGUGCAAAGCACAAAUCUUCGACAUGUUGGUAUACUUCGUAUCGGAACGCGAUGCGAAACUGGCCAUCGAGCGUUGUCAUCGGGAUACUCACAGAGGAUACACGCUGAACGUCUUUCCCGGAAGGGAACCGGUAUACUUCAAGGAAGAUCGAAGUGUGUAUGCCGAAAAGAUGAAAAGCGGACGAAUUUUCAGUGAGCAAUUUUUUGAAAAGCACGCCAAAUUUAUCUGCAAGGUGAAGGUCAAUUGUGUCGUCAAGUUUGAUAUGAAACACGGAGCACUGGAAUUCGAAAGGCCUGAGGAUGUUCUCAAGGCACAGAAGAAGGAAAGAAUGUGGAAGUAUGCGCCAAUUACAUGGAAACUGCAGAAGCAGCGCUUCCUGGAGAACGACGUCCUCAACCAGAUCGAAGCAUUCCUGGUUGAAAAUCCGGAUACGCUUAAGGUCAAGCGGAACGACAAAUACAUGAAAUUGCUCCUGAAUGGCUUUCGUCCAUUUAUUGAUGAAGGAAGGCAAUACAGAGUGGUCCCGCUCAGACAGGGACCAUCGAAGAAAACUCAGAUGAAGCUUUUUCAGAAGAAAAUGAAGAGAAAGUACGGAAUGGAUGCUAAAUAAUGGUAAAACGGCAGCUGGACUGACGGCUAUGUGCCUUGUUGACGGUUAUUGAACUUGGAAAGAACGAUGUGUAUUUUUUUUUGCUACCCAGAUAAUGUGGUAGUUUGACUUAUUUUUAAUUUUAAACUGAACUUUGUUUAAUUGAACUGGAAUAAAUGUUACGGUG